AUGACAUGGCAGUACGAGAGCAAAGUAUGGCGCAACCGAGCAAAAGCAUCAGUGACAGACACAGCAAAGCAGCUCCUCGGGGACCUACAAACAAAGCGGGAACUCUUGAGCUCCAGCGGGCCCAUCGUCUUUGUCGCACACAGUUUGGGGGGAAUUAUUGUGAAACAGGCAAGAAUCGCUUAG